UGGAGCGCUUGUUAUGCGCCACACCAUCACCUGCUAAGGAUGUCCCUGCAUGACGUCUCUGGUGAUGAUCCUAACCUGAAGUUGGAGAGCUGUGUGAACAACCUGUUUCACGGCGCACUCAUUGUGAAUUGGAACAGGGUAUAAAGAUACCUAUAUUUCGCCUCUUCUGUCUCGUAUCCCACUCUAACACUACAAUAUUUGGACUACUUCCAACGUUCUUCAGACAACCACUCAGCUAUCCACAACUUCAACACCGGCGAACGAUCAUCAUGCCUAUCAUGCGCCGAACACACCGCACAGCUCCCCGCACCACCCGAGCCACCCGCACCACUGCCCGCCCAAGCUUGAAAACCCGACUUCUUGGUCCUAAACGGGCAACCCGAAGACCUGUCACUACUACAACCACCACAACCACCACACGCACUACUCGAUCUACCGCAGCUGGCGCUGGAGUUCCAGUCCACCACCAAAAACGCCAUGCCACCAUGGGUGACAAGGUCUCCGGUGCUCUGAUGAAGUUGAGAGGUUCUUUGACACGCCGUCCUGGUUUAAAGGCUGCUGGCACCCGUCGUAUGCAUGGUACUGACGGUCGUAAUUCUCACCAGCGAUACUAAGCUUUUACCUUGUGCUGUUUUCUUUCUUGUAGUCUCCCACAGUGAACUGUACUAUUAGCAUGAGGACGAAGGGAUGACUGCUAUACGAUAACGCACUUAUUGAUACCCAACGCUGUUCAGUCAACUAUACUUUCUCCAUUUAAUGUGUCUGUGAUGUUAUCGCUACGCUCGAGGGCUGUCCCAUGGAUCCCAUACGUUGCCAUCGAGCCCGUUGUUUCUAGAUAACUUAAUCUAUAAUAGGCAAGGGUGUUCGAAA